AGCAGAAUUGUCGUUCGCGGAAAAUCGAAGCAACGAUGGAAGAUAUCGGGAAGGACGAUUUGUGUGCGCUGCUGGACAAAUUAUUGCUGAGCUCACUGGAGCUAAUCGAGCAAGACGUGCGGCUGAGCCAAGAAACGAACCGCCUCAUAGCCGACGGGAAACUCGAUCUGGCACACACCCGCUUCACGAAGGGCCCGAACGCGGUGAGCGUUGUGCAGCUACCGACUGAAGACUACAACCCGUUCCGAGCCCUUAGCACGGUGGCGGUUUCCCCGGACAACCAGGGCGUACCGCAGCUAACGCUGGAGCGUCACGCGGUCCAGGCAUCGGAAGAACGUAUCGAUCCAGCCUCGUGGUUCGGCAUCCUGCGCCCACCAACGCUGAACAGUGCCCGCGACAAGUUUGCCCGUUCGCUCGAUGCGAUAGUCGAACGAGCGAAUGUCCGAGCCACGCUCGGCAGCUACCUGAAUGUGUUUGCGAUCUUGAAUAAACGUAAAUCCGUACAGUAG